GGAAUCUGCGCGGGCCUGUUGCUAAGCAACAAAUGCUGCCGGGACGUUAAACGGCCCUGGCGCGGAGAGAGCUGAGACGGCCAGCAGGUCCCGGGGCGUCGCCUCUAUCUUUCUAGGGCUUCCGAGGACAGGAGCGAUCCAGAAGCGCCGGUGAGGCCAGCGCGUCCUCGCAGCCAUGAGCAGCGAGCAGGAUAAAUCAGCCAGCAAAGAAAAAUCCAAGACACCAAUAAAAUUUCUACCGCAGCUGUCUAAGGAGAAAUUGGCCGGCAAAGAAAAGUUCAAGGCACCAGCAAGAGCUUUGCCACAGCUGCCUAAGGUGAGGACAAAGCCCUGCUGGCAGCAGGCAGCUCCAUCAUUCCAUUUGAAUGUAAAGCAGGAUGAUGAGAUUCCAGAACCAUUUAGUGUUAAAAAUGAACUGUCCUAUGCUGAAUACAUGGAACGUUUUGGAAAAAAGGGCAAAUUACCCCACCAAGUUGAUGAUAGUUAUUCUGGACCAUCUACUUCCAAAUCAAAGGGCAAAUCGCCACAUAAAGAAAGAGAAAACUUUAGAAGUACUCUUGUUAAUGUCAUUAUGCAACAAGAUACUGACUUAGACUCAGCUGUCCCUGAUGGAAGCAUAAUUCCAAAACCGACCACUUCUGCUAUAGAGAAAGACAUCUUGAGAAAUUACUAUUAUAUUCACCACGGAAUUGAUACAGACCAUGUAGCCCCAAUGGAAGAUUCUUGGCUAGAACAUGUAUUGGAUUUAGUUCCACAACACCUGAAAGUCUUCACAGACAGCAUAGUUACAUUAUCUGAUGAAAUGAGAGAAGAUUAUCUGCUUAGUAUAAAGAAAUCCAUAGUUGAUUUCGUUUUAAAAGAUCCUAGAGAGAAAGAAGAUGAUAAGAAGAUAGAUGAACUUCCAGCCCAUCGUGCUGAAAUGGAAAUUCUGCCAAAACCUUGGAGGAAAUCUUUUUUAGCUGCAAGCAAUUAUAUUAGGGAUCAUUUGAAUGCAAUGAACCCCACAAUGCUGGCUGUACUAAAUUUGUGGCACAGUAAUUUUAAAAAAUUACGUUUAGUUGAUAUCGAAGAAUUUCAUAAUCGCCGUGAUGCAUUAGAGUUGUCAAGUUUUCAGAACAUUAUUAUGAAACACAUGGAAUCUACCAAAGAAACUCUACUUAAAAGGUGGUUGCCAGAAGUGCAGAAUAUUUAUUACCAAGGUAAUAAAAAAAAGCAUUUGCCAACUGGUGACAGCAGUGCCAAAUUGGAAUCUUUUUUCAACUGUGCUGCUGCGCUUAUGACUUUACAGCUGCAAGAUCUUGCUUUAGUCUCCAUGCAAGAUUUCACGGACUUAAUUGCACAACCCCCAGAUUCUGUUAGAGCUUUUGAACAUCCGGGUUUCAUCAUGAGGCUGAUUCUUGAUAAGGACACCAUUAAAUUUGAACCUGAGUUUAGUGACUAUGUAGAUAUCUUUGUAAAUGUUUAUGAUGUCAUGAUUAAAGCUAUCAGUUGUGUGCCAAGAGUUGAGACAAAAUUAUAUUCCAAGUGGGAAAGUAAGUCUAAACCAACAAUCUUGAAGCCCAUAAUUCUGAAUGAAAUUAUAGAUGCUCACAAAGAAAAGAUCAAGGAAGUGAUUAUGAAAGAGAGUGUGGUACCUACUGAGCACCUCAGACUCUAUGACAAGUAUGACUUUCUAAUUACCACAAAAGCUGAGCAAGAUGUUGAUAACUUCCUAACAGGAAAUCAUAACUAUCAACAAAUAAUAGAUGAAAUUCGAAAAUACCAAAAACUAAUAGAGGAAAUACAAUACACAUCCAUUAAGACUGUUCGUUUAGGAAUGUUUGAAAUGCACUGUGAAGAAUUAAUCAGAGCUUUGGUGAAGAGAGCAGAUGUUAUUUGUGGGAAACUUAUAGCUAAAAUGUUCAGAGAUCAUCAGGAAAUGAAUACAAGAUUAUGCGAUGAAUUUGAGAGGAUAGCUGAAAAAGCUCUUAGCACUCCUCUAAAUACAGCAGAACUGAUGGAAAUGAAGGCUUACAUUCAGAAAGUAGAGGUGACUGAUAUGAUUGAACUGGAACACAAACUAGUGGAUUCCAAAAACUGCCUCGCUUUUCUCAUUGAGUAUGUCAACUUUUCUCAAGCAGACAUGAGGCUAAAUAGUAGUGUUUUCCAGUGGUAUGGAAGAAUGGGAGAAAUUUUUGAAGAGCACAGGAAAAUCAUUAAAGAGAAAACAAAGCAAUAUCAAGAAUGUCUGAAGUUACGGUGUGAAUGGUUUGUGGAGGAUUUGGAGAGUUAUGCUAAACAAUCAGAAGAAUUUUAUUCAUUUGGAGAUCUUCAGGAUGUUCAGCAGUACCUAAAAAAGGCUCAAAUAUUGAAUGGAAAGUUGGAUUCAGCUGCAGAUAAGAUUGAGCAGUUUAAUGCUGAAGAGGAAGCAUUUGGUUGGCUACCAUCUGUAUAUCCUCAACGUAAAAAAAUCCAAGAUGGCUUGAACCCUUAUCUUCGUCUUUAUGAAACUACUGUUGAAUUUAGCGGCAAAUAUAGAGCAUGGACAGAAGGACCAUACCACAAAGUGAAUCCAGACCAAGUAGAAGCAGAUGUUGGAAAUUACUGGAGAGGACUAUAUAAACUGGAGAAAACCUUUCAAGAUUCUCCACAUGCAUUGGCAAUGACAAAAAAAGUAAGAUCAAAGGUGGAAGAUUUCAAGCAGCACAUUCCUCUCAUUCAAGUGCUCUGUAAUCCUGGUUUGCGCCCCAGGCACUGGGAGGCCAUGUCUGCCAUUGUUGGUUACCCUUUGCAGCCAUCAGAUGACUCCACAGUCUUCUCUUUUUUAGACCUGAAUCUGGAGCCAUAUCUAGACAGAUUUGAAGGUAUUAGUGAAGCUGCUAGCAAAGAAUAUUCUCUGGAAAAGGCGAUGGAGAAGAUGAUUAAUGAAUGGGAUGCAAUGGAAUUUGUCAUCCAUUCUUAUAGAGAAACUGGGACAUUUAUUUUGGUAUCAGUUGAUGAAAUUCAGAUGUUGUUGGAUGACCAUAUUGUAAAAACACAAACUAUGCGAGGAUCUCCUUUCAUUAAGCCUUAUGAGAAACAAAUGAGAGAAUGGGAGGGAAAGCUCCUACUGCUUCAGGAGAUUCUGGAUGAAUGGCUCAAGGUCCAAGCCACGUGGUUAUAUCUGGAGUCCAUUUUCAGCUCUCCAGACAUUAGGUCUCAAAUGCCUCAGGAAGGUAGACGAUUUACAGCUGUGGAUAAGACCUGGAGAGAGAUAAUGAGAACUGUCACACAGGAUAAACAUGUUCUGGCAGUUUUAACCAUUGAGAGAAUGCUGGAAAGACUGAAAAAAUGUAAUGAACUUUUGGAGCUCAUUCUUAAAGGACUUAAUGAAUAUUUGGAAAAGAAACGUCUUUUUUUCCCCAGAUUCUUUUUCUUGUCAAAUGAUGAACUUCUUGAGAUACUAUCUAAGACUAAAGAUCCUACUACGGUGCAACCUCACUUGAAGAAAUGUUUUGAAGGAAUUGCAAAAGUAGAAUUUACGGAAACUUUAGACAUUACUCACAUGAAGAGUAGUGAAGGAGAGGUUGUGAAACUCAAGGAGAUCAUUUCAACAGCGAAAGCCAGAGGUCAAGUGGAGAAGUGGUUGGUUGAAUUAGAGAGAGUUAUGAUUAACUCCAUCCACAAGGUAAUUCGGAAUGCAAUUUUUGCCUAUACAAAAUAUGAGCGAAUUAACUGGGUAAGGGAUUGGCCUGGACAAACUGUUCUCUGUGUAUCCCAAAUCUUUUGGACGAAAGAAGUACAAACAGCUAUUCCAAAGGGAAUAAAGGCUCUUGAGCAAUACUUGGAAAUGUGUAACAGACAAAUUGAUGAUAUUGUCACUUUGCUGCGUGGCAAAUUGUCCAAGCAGAACCGUGUAACUCUGGGAGCACUUGUGGUACUGGACAUCCAUGCUAGAGAUGUCCUCUCAUCACUUGUAAAAAAUAAUGUCAGUGAUGACUCUGACUUUGAAUGGUUAAGUCAGCUUAGGUACUAUUGGCAAGAAAACCAUUUAGAAACAAAAAUGAUCAAUGCUGGUUUGAGAUAUGGAUAUGAGUAUCUGGGUAAUUCCCCUAGGCUGGUUAUUACUCCACUCACGGAUAGAUGUUACAGAACCUUAUUUGGAGCCCUUCAUUUGCACCUUGGAGGAGCACCUGAGGGUCCAGCUGGCACUGGCAAGACUGAAACUACCAAAGAUUUAGCAAAAGCUGUAGCCAAGCAAUGUGUUGUUUUCAACUGCUCUGAUGGGUUGGAUUAUUUGGCUUUGGGAAAAUUCUUUAAGGGACUGUUAUCUUGUGGAGCCUGGGCUUGCUUUGAUGAGUUUAACAGAAUUGAUUUGGAAGUACUCUCUGUGGUUGCUCAACAAAUCCUUACUAUCCAAAGAGGUAUUAAUGCAGGUGCUGACAUACUCAUGUUUGAAGGAACUGAACUAAAACUUGACCCCACAUGUGCUGUCUUUAUAACAAUGAACCCUGGGUAUGCUGGGCGAUCAGAACUGCCCGAUAACCUGAAGGCUCUCUUUCGGACAGUAGCAAUGAUGGUGCCUGACUAUGCUAUGAUUGCUGAAAUAGUCCUGUACUCCUGUGGGUUUGUUACUGCUCGGCCGCUGUCAGUAAAAAUUGUGGCUAUGUAUCGCUUGUGUUCAGAGCAGUUGUCAUCUCAACAUCACUACGACUAUGGAAUGAGAGCCGUGAAGUCAGUGCUUACUGCUGCUGGGAAUCUGAAGCUGAAAUAUCCAAAUGAAAAUGAAGAAAUUUUGCUGCUUAGAUCUAUCAUUGAUGUAAAUCUGCCAAAAUUUUUAUCCCACGAUUUACCACUCUUUGAGGGAAUUACUUCGGAUUUGUUUCCUGGGGUAAAAUUACCAAAACCAGAUUACAAUGAUUUGCUGGCAGCUAUCAAAGACAAUUGUGCCUCCAUGAAUUUGCAAAUGACCACAUUCUUUUCUGAGAAGAUUCUUCAAAUAUAUGAAAUGAUGAUUGUGCGUCAUGGUUUUAUGAUUGUUGGAGAACCAUUUGGAGGAAAAACUAGUGCGUAUCGCGUCUUAGCUGGAGCACUAAAUGAUAUAUGUGAAAAGGGGCUAAUGGAAGAAAACAAAGUUCAAAUAACUGUUUUAAAUCCUAAGUCUGUCACCAUGGGUCAGCUGUACGGACAGUUUGAUUUAGUGUCCCAUGAGUGGUCAGAUGGGAUCCUUGCUGUCAGUUUCAGAGCAUUUGCUUCUUCACCGACUCCAGAUAGGAAAUGGUUAAUUUUUGAUGGCCCAGUAGAUGCAGUGUGGAUUGAAAAUAUGAACACUGUGCUGGAUGACAACAAGAAGCUAUGUCUGAUGAGUGGGGAGAUUAUUCAAAUGUCACCACAAAUGAAUCUAAUUUUUGAGCCGAUGGAUUUAGAAGUUGCUUCCCCUGCCACUGUUUCCAGAUGUGGCAUGAUUUACAUGGAGCCUCACAUGUUAGGCUGGAGACCACUGGUGUUGUCCUGGGUGAAUCUGUUACCUGCGUCAGUCAGUGUUAUUCAAAAGGAAUUUAUAAUGGGCUUAUUUGACAGAAUGAUUCCUGUUUCAAUUGAAUUUAUUAGAAAGCAUACAAAGGAAUUAUCUCCUACUUCUGAUACAAACUUGGUUCGAUCCUUAAUGAAUCUAAUAGACUGUUUUAUGGAUGAUUUUGCUGAUGAAGCCAAAUUAAAGGAAAGAAAUGAUCGAGAAGCUUACUCUUUGCUUGAGGGCAUUUUUCUGUUUUCAUUGAUCUGGUCCAUUGGUGCUUCUUGUACAGAUGAUGAUCGGUUGAAAUUUGAUAAGAUUCUUCGAGAACUAAUGGAAGGUCCAAUUUCAGAUCUAACUCAAAAUAGGUUUAAAUUACAGAGUGGUACUGAGCAAACAUCCUCAAAGACACUAACUGUCCCAUUUCCUGAAAAAGGAACAAUUUAUGAUUAUCAAUUUGUUACUGAGGGAAUAGGAAAAUGGGAACCAUGGAUAAAGAAAUUGAAAGAAGCUCCUCCAAUUCCUAAAGACAUAUUUUUUAAUGAAAUCAUUGUGCCAACUCUGGACACAAUUCGAUACUCUACAUUAAUGGAAUUGCUGACCACUCAUCAAAAGCCUUCAAUAUUUGUAGGACCAACGGGAACUGGGAAGAGUGUUUACAUUAUUAAUUUUCUUUUAAAUCAACUAAAUAAGGAAAUCUACAAACCUCUGCUGAUUAAUUUCUCGGCACAAACUACAGCAGCUCAAACUCAGAAUAUUAUCAUGUCAAAAUUGGACAAGAGAAGAAAGGGAGUUUUUGGUCCUCCUUUGGGCAAGAGAAUGAUUGUCUUUGUAGAUGAUGUCAAUAUGCCUGCUCGGGAGGUAUAUGGGGCUCAACCUCCCAUUGAGUUACUUAGACAGUGGUUAGAUCACUGCAACUGGUAUGACCUAAAAGAUUGUUCCAUGAUUAAACUGGUGGACAUCCAGAUCAUGUGUGCUAUGGGACCUCCAGGUGGUGGUCGAAAUCCAGUAACUCCUCGAUACAUGCGACAUUUCAAUAUUAUAACAAUCAAUGAGUUUAGUGACAAAUCCAUGUUUACAAUCUUCUCCAGAAUCUUAACUUGGCAUUUAAAAACCUGUUACAAAUUUCCAGAUGAAUUUCUAGAUUUGACCACGCAAAUCGUAAAUGGCACAAUGACUCUGUAUAAAGAAGCAAUGAAGAAUCUUUUGCCUACUCCAGCUAAAUCUCAUUACUUGUUCAGCCUCCGUGAUUUCUCCCGUGUCAUUCAAGGCGUGUGUUUGUCAAGACCAGAAACAGCAGAAACCACCGAAGCAAUUAAACGUCUUUGGGUUCAUGAGGUCCUUCGAGUAUAUUAUGACCGCCUUCUGGACAGUGCAGACAGAAGCUGGCUCAUCAACUGUAUUCAAGAAAUUUUGAAAAACUACAUGCAUGAAAAUUUUCAUGAGCUUUUUCAACAUUUGGAUUUUGAUAAUGAUGGAAUAGUGGAAGAAGAUGACUUACGCAGCUUAAUGUUUUGUGAUUUCCAUGAUCCCAAGAGGGAAGAUACCAACUACAGAGAAGUCACAGAUGUGGAUAGUCUUCGAACAAUAGUAGAAAUUCAACUAGAAGAAUAUAACAAUAUAAGCAAAAAACCCAUGAACCUUGUCUUGUUUCGAUUUGCUAUAGAGCACAUCAGCAGAAUUUCCAGGAUCCUGAAGCAGCCUCGCAGCCAUGCUCUCCUAAUAGGGGUUGGAGGGAGUGGAAGGCAGUCUGUCACCAGAUUAGCUGCCCACAUGGCUGAUUAUUCAGUUUUCCGAGUUGAAAUCUCUAAGGGAUAUGGUAUUACUGAAUGGCAUGAAGAUUUAAAAGUAAUCUUAAGGAAAUGUGCGGAAGGUGAGAUGCAGGGUGUCUUCCUGUUUACAGAUACUCAGAUUAAAAAAGAGUCAUUUCUGGAAGAUGUCAAUAAUCUGCUAAAUGCUGGGGAGAUUCCAAAUCUCUUUGCAUUAGAUGAGAAGCAAGAGAUAUAUGAUAAGAUGCGUCACUUAGAUCGCCAGCGGGAUAAAAGCAAGCAAACAGAUGGCAGCCCCAUAGCCCUUUUCAACAUGUUUAUUGAUCGUUGCCGCAACCAACUGCAUGUGGUCCUUGCCAUGAGUCCCAUUGGAGAUGCAUUUCGGAAUCGUCUAAGGAAGUUCCCUGCUCUUGUUAAUUGCUGUACCAUUGACUGGUUUCAGUCAUGGCCUGAAGAUGCACUCCAGGCAGUUGCCUCACGAUUCCUGGAAGAAAUUGAAAUGUCAGAGGAAAUACGAGAUGGCUGUAUCGACAUGUGUAAAAGCUUCCACACUUCUACUAUAAAUUUAUCAAAAUCUUUCUUUGUUGAACUUCAAAGACACAAUUAUGUGACUCCUACCUCUUACCUCGAAUUAAUCUCCACCUUCAAAUUAUUGUUAGAAAAGAAAAGAAGUGAAGUAAUGAAAAUGAAAAAGAGAUAUGAAGUGGGUUUGGAGAAAUUGGAUUCUGCUUCAUCUCAAGUAGCAACAAUGCAGUCUGAGUUGGAGGCACUACAACCUCAGUUAAAAGUUGCCAGCAAAGAGGUUGAUGAAAUGAUGAUAAUGAUUGAGAAAGACUCUAUAGAAGUUGCCAAAACUGAAAAAAUAGUGAAAGCUGAUGAAGCAAUAGCAAACGAACAAGCUAUGGCUUCCAAAGCUAUCAAAGAUGAAUGUGAUGCUGACCUGGCAGGUGCCUUGCCAAUAUUGGAGUCAGCGCUGGCCGCCCUUGAUACUCUUACUGCACAGGAUAUUACAGUGGUAAAAUCCAUGAAGAGUCCUCCUGCUGGUGUCAAGCUUGUUAUGGAAGCUAUAUGCAUCUUGAAAGGAAUCAAAGCUGACAAAAUCCCUGACCCAACAGGUUCAGGGAAAAAAAUUGAGGAUUUCUGGGGCCCAGCUAAGAGACUUCUUGGUGACAUGAGGUUUCUACAGUCACUUCAUGAAUAUGACAAGGACAGUAUUCCUCCAGCUUAUAUGACUAUCAUAAGAAAAAAUUAUAUUCCAAAUCCAGAUUUUGUGCCAGAAAAAAUCAGAAAUGCUUCUACAGCAGCCGAAGGUCUGUGCAAAUGGGUCAUAGCAAUGGAUUCCUAUGAUAAAGUGGCAAAAAUAGUAGCUCCCAAAAAGAUAAAACUGGCUGCAGCUGAAGGGGAGCUUAAAAUUGCCAUGGAUGGUCUUAGAAAGAAGCAGGCAGCCCUUAAGGAAGUUCAGGACAAGCUGGCGAGGCUUCAAGACACACUUGAAUUAAAUAAACAAAAGAAGGCUGACCUGGAAAAAAAGGUUGACCUGUGCAGCAAAAAAUUAGAACGAGCUGAGCAGUUGAUUGGAGGCCUUGGAGGUGAGAAAACUAGAUGGAGCCACACAGCUCUGGACCUAGGGCAGCUGUACAUCAACUUGACCGGGGAUAUCCUCAUUUCCGCAGGAGUAGUUGCUUACCUCGGAGCCUUCACAUCUACCUAUAGACAGAACCAAACUAAGGAGUGGACAACUUUGUGCAAAGGAAGAAAUAUCCCCUGUUCAGAUGAUUAUUCCCUUAUGGGUACCCUGGGAGAAGCUGCGACAAUUCGAACUUGGAAUAUUGCUGGAUUACCUUCUGACUCAUUUUCCAUUGAUAAUGGGAUAAUCAUAAUGAAUGCAAGAAGGUGGCCUCUGAUGAUAGAUCCUCAAGGUCAGGCUAACAAAUGGAUCAAGAACAUGGAAAAAGCCAAUAGUCUUCAUGUUAUUAAACUUAGUGAUCCUGGCUAUGUCAUGGCUCUGGAAGAUUGCAUCCAGUUUGGUACUCCUGUGUUGCUAGAAAAUGUUGGCGAAGAACUAGACCCUAUUUUGGAACCUCUUCUACUAAAACAAACCUUUAAGCAGGGUGGGAGUACAUGUAUCCGGCUUGGGGACUCUACAAUUGAAUAUGCGCCCGAUUUCCGCUUCUAUAUUACCACCAAGCUAAGAAAUCCUCAUUAUCUUCCUGAAACAUCAGUAAAGGUAACAUUACUAAACUUCAUGAUAACCUCUGAGGGAAUGCAAGACCAGCUUCUGGGAAUUGUGGUGGCACGAGAAAGGCCAGACCUUGAAGAAGAAAAGCAAGCCUUGAUAUUACAAGGAGCUGAAAACAGAAGGCAGUUAAAAGAAAUAGAAGACAAGAUUUUAGAAGUUCUUUCAUCUUCGGAAGGCAAUAUAUUAGAAGAUGAAACUGCUAUUAAAAUAUUAUCUUCCUCCAAGGCUUUGGCUAAUGAGAUUUCUCAGAAGCAGAAAGUAGCCGAAGAGACAGAGAAAAAGAUUGACACCACCCGCAUGGGCUAUCGUCCUAUUGCCAUCCAUUCUUCCAUCCUGUUUUUUUCUAUUGCUGAUUUAGCCAACAUUGAGCCCAUGUACCAGUAUUCACUGACCUGGUUUAUUAACCUUUUCAUCCUGUCUAUUGAAAAUUCAGAGAAGUCAGAAAUUUUGGCAAAAAGGCUUCAGAUUCUUAAGGAUCACUUUACCUAUUCGCUGUAUGUUAAUGUCUGCCGGUCACUGUUUGAAAAGGAUAAGCUGCUCUUUUCCUUUUGUCUAACUGUAAAUCUACUGCUGCAUGAGCAGGCGAUUAAUAAAGCUGAGUGGAGAUUUCUGCUAACUGGUGGCAUUGGACUGGAUAACCCUCAUGCCAACCCUUGUACGUGGCUUCCUCAAAAAUCCUGGGAUGAAAUAUGUCGAUUAGAUGAUUUGCCUGCCUUUAAAACCAUUCGUAGAGAGUUUAUGCACUUAAAGGAUGGAUGGAAAAAAGUAUAUGAUAGUGUGGAACCACACCAUGAGGUUUUCCCUGAAGAAUGGGAAAGUAAAGUAAACGAGUUUCAGAGGAUGCUUAUUGUUCGUUGCUUGAGGCCAGACAAGGUUAUUCCAAUGUUGCAGGAAUUUAUAAUCAACAGAUUGGGGCGUGCAUUCAUUGAACCACCCCCCUUUGAUUUAGCCAAGGCAUUUGGAGAUAGUAACUGCUGUGCACCACUGAUUUUCGUGCUCUCUCCCGGAGCAGAUCCCAUGGCUGCCCUUCUAAAAUUUGCUGAUGACCAGGGAUAUGGUGGAUCAAAACUUAGCUCUUUAUCUCUUGGUCAAGGCCAAGGGCCCAUUGCUAUGAAGAUGUUAGAAAAAGCUGUCAAGGAAGGAACAUGGGUGGUUCUUCAGAAUUGUCACCUUGCCACCUCUUGGAUGCCAACCCUUGAGAAAGUCUGUGAGGAGUUAAGCCGAGAGUCAACACAUCCAGAUUUCCGAAUGUGGCUGACAAGUUACCCAUCUCCAAAUUUCCCUGUGUCAGUACUGCAGAAUGGAGUGAAAAUGACCAAUGAAGCACCGAAAGGUUUACGGGCUAAUAUCGUUCGAUCAUACCUCAUGGACCCAAUCUCUGACCCGGAGUUCUUUGGCAGCUGCAAAAAGCCUGAGGAAUUCAAGAAAUUGCUUUAUGGCCUGUGUUUCUUUCAUGCUUUGGUGCAAGAAAGACGGAAAUUUGGACCCCUAGGGUGGAAUAUUCCUUAUGAGUUCAAUGAGACUGAUCUGAGAAUCAGUGUGCAGCAACUCCACAUGUUCCUGAACCAGUAUGAGGAACUACCAUAUGAUGCUCUGCGGUACAUGAUCGGCGAAUGCAAUUAUGGAGGCAGAGUGACCGACGACUGGGACCGGCGCACGCUGCGCAGCAUUCUAAACAAAUUCUUCAAUCCAGAAUUAGUUGAAAAUUCAGGCUAUAAAUUUGACUCAAGUGGCAUCUAUUUUGUUCCUCCUUCUGGUGAUCACAAAAGCUACAUUGAAUACACAAAGACUCUGCCACUGAACCCAGCACCAGAAAUCUUUGGGAUGAAUGCCAAUGCAGAUAUCACUAAGGAUCAGUCCGAGACUCAACUGCUGUUUGAUAACAUUCUUCUUACACAGUCUCGUUCAGCAGGUGCUGGUGCAAAAUCAUCAGAUGAAGUAGUGAAUGAGGUUGCUGGUGACAUCUUGGGCAAACUUCCAAACAACUUUGAUGUUGAGGCUGCUAUGAGGAGAUACCCAACAACUUAUACACAGAGCAUGAACACUGUACUUGUCCAAGAGAUGGGACGGUUUAAUAAGUUACUGAAGACCAUAAGAGAUUCAUGCAUAAAUAUUCAAAAAGCAGUCAAGGGGCUUGUAGUCAUGUCUACAGAACUUGAAGAAGUGGUUAGCAGCAUUUUGAAUGUCAAAAUUCCAGAAAUGUGGAUGGGUAAAUCCUACCCAAGCCUUAAACCUCUUGGCAGCUAUGUGAAUGACUUCCUUGCAAGACUAAAAUUCUUGCAGCAAUGGUACGAGAUUGGCCCUCCUCCAGUCUUCUGGCUUUCUGGCUUCUUCUUCACACAAGCUUUCCUGACUGGUGCCCAGCAGAACUAUGCCAGAAAAUACACAAUUCCUAUUGAUCUUCUUGGGUUUGACUAUGAAGUGAUGGAAGACAAAGAAUACAAGCAGGCUCCUGAGGAUGGUGUUUUCAUUCAUGGAUUAUUUCUGGAUGGAGCUUCCUGGAAUAGAAAGAUGAAGAAACUUGCAGAAUCGCAUCCCAAAAUUCUUUAUGAUACAGUGCCUGUGGUUUACUACCACAAAAAAAAUACAAAAUAUCUUACCAUAUCCACCAAGGCUACAUAGAGGAACAUGCCUGCAGUGAUUGCAAAGAUCCAAAGUGUGAUGUUAUUGGCAUACUGACCAACAGCUGUGCCUAUGAGCAUGCCUAUGUAAGCCAUCAUGGCAGAGAGGAGGUUGUAUACAAUGGCUUGCUUUACAGUCAUGCCUGCUUUAAGAAGAACUGCAAAAUCACCUGCAAUUAAACAAUGGGAAUGUUUUUAAACCACAGGAUUUAAAACACAAAUCUGAAUGGAGAAAACCAAUGAAAUUAGCAUUAAAAAGAUACAUACCUUUAAUAAAAAUAUUUUAUCACAUAAAAUUUUUUUUUACCUAUUAAACCAUAAUGCAUGCAAAAACUUGGAUGAAUCUCAAAGGCAUGAUACUAAAAGACAACCAUCUGAAAGGUUAUAUAUCUACGCUGAAACAGACAAAACUAAUAAUCCCCAAAAUCCUAAAAAUGUAGUAAGAAUAAAGAGCUCUCCACACUACUUUUUUGUGCCUCCACAAUGAUGCACAUAAUGUCUAGCUGAGGCUCAGAAGAGCAUCAACAAUGCUGAAAAUAAAGUAAAACGCCAGGUUCUUAUUAAGCCAUGAUCCAAAGUCUGUUUCUAACUGUGAUGAUGAAGAAUGGUGACACUGGUGACUGUGAAAUCAACCAUGACCACAGAGCUGAUGUAAAACAAAAACUCACAGGGGGAAAAUCCUGAAAUUCUAUUUCUAAGGAUCCUCAAUGGAUUCUCCUCCCACCACCCUCUCCCUCCAAAAAAAGAAGAAAGGCACUUUUCUUUUCAUCUAUCUAAAGUUGGAACAUUAUCUGCAAGCUUGACUACAGCCUGUGAAAAAAAAUAAAGUUGGAACAUGAGGGAAAAAAAAUUACUUCGCAGAGAGAUGUAAGUAGAAGGGCAAAAUGAUGCUAAAGAUAAUAGUCUUGAAGGGAACAGGUCAAAAGCAAUAGCUAUUCCACCUUGAAGAGAUAUAAAAGAAAAAUACCCAUUAGCUUUACUGUAAUAAUUUUGUUGUAGUUACUACAUGAACAAAUAUCGAAUCAAUUAUUGAACACUCAGCAUAUGCAAGGUGCUAUACAGAACAUUGACCUGGCUUGUUUCUUUCCCUUAAGAAAGAAUCUUAACAGCUACAUAUCUAAAAAUACAUGAUCUGUUCUUCUAUUACCUCCCAUGGUUACAAGAUCAUAGUCUAUAACAGAUAAAAAGAAGUUAACAAUAAAGAAAUUACUGCAAGGUAUCAUUUUUCCACCUUCCAACAAAUUGCUACAAACUUUCUAUUCCUAUGAUUUUGCCUUUACCAGAACAUCAUCUAAAUGGAAGCAUACAGUAUGUAGUCUUUUAAGUUUAGAUUUUGUUCACUUACAAUAAUGCAUUUAAGACUCAUUUAUGUUACUGUGUAUAUCAGAAAACUACUUUUUAUUGCUCAGUAAUAUUCCAUAGAUGAACCAGUUUAUUUAUCUAUCUUCACCAGCCAAGAACAUUUAGGUUGUUUACAGUUUUUUGCAAUGAAGAAAGCCACUGCACACAUUCAUAAACAGGCUUUUGUGUCAAUAAAAGCCUUCAUUUCUCUUGGCCAGAUACCUACUAAGUGGGAUCACUGGGCCAUACAGUUAAGCAUAUUUCUAACUUCAUAAGAAACUGCAUCCCCACCAGCAAUGUAUAGGAGCUGUAGCUUGCUAAUCCAUAAUUUGAAAUCCAGCAUCUGAAAUCUCAUCUGUAUAACUUCUUCAGUGAAAUGUUUGUUCAAGUCUUAUGUCUAUUUUAUUUUGUUGGGUCAUUUGUUUUCCUGAUUGAAUUGGGAGGUCUUUAAAUAUUCUGGUUCUAAAAGCCUUUUGUCAAAUAUUUAUUUUCCAAAUAUUUUGUCUCUGUUUGUGGAUUACCUUUUUAUUAUUUUCUUAACUGUCUUUUGUGAAGAGUUUUUAAUUUGUAUGAAGUGUAUUUUAUAACUUUUUUCCUUAAUGGAGCAUGCUGUUAGUGCUGUAUCUAAGAACACUUUACCUAACCCAAAAACACAGAGAUAUUGUUUUCUUCUAUUUUUAGGGUCUCCAUUUAGAUUAUCUAUUUUGAGUCCAUUUUCUUUUCCAUAGUAAGUUAUGGGUCAAAGGCAUUUUUCUUCCUUUUUAAUUGCAAGUAGAUGUCCAAUUGUUACAGCACCAUUUGUUGAAAAUAAAUUGCCAUAUGAGGACUCUGCUUUGCUCCAUUGAUUAAUGUGUCUACUCUUUCACCAAUUCCAACUGUUUUGAUUACUGUGACUUUAUAAUAUAUCUUAAAUCAACUUUGUCUUUUUCCAAAAUUCUACUGGCUAUACAAGUUCCUUCCCCUUUCCAUAUAAAAUUUUUAAAAAGCUUGUUCAUCUCUGCAAAAAAGCCUGCUGAAUUUUUGAGAAUGCACUGUGUCUAUUUUUUUUUAAAAAAGCAUCUUAACAACAGUCUUCUGGUCCUUGAACCUGGUAUAGCUCUUCAUUUAAGUCUCCUUUGGUUUCUUUUAUUAUUUAUAGGUCUAUGCAUAUUCUUUUAGAUUUAAGCUAAAUAUUACAUGUUUUGAUGCUUUUAUAAAUAGAACUUUUUAAAAAUUUUAAUUUUCAACUGUUGAUUGCUAGUAUAUAGCAAUACAAAUGAUUUUUGUAUAACUGUCUCUGUAUCAAGUGAAUUAUUUCAUUUUAAAAUCUUUGUUGUAGUCUUAUCUCAGGUUAUAAAUUCUCAAAGGUAUCUGCAUGUUUUUCCCUUUCUCCUCAUUUCCCUUCUCAGUAAGAACCUGUAUAAACAUUUUUAAACUAAGUCAAAGGAAUCAUCACAGCAGGGAUUUAUACUAAACAUGCAAAUCUAUUCAUCUUUUGGUAAAUCAAUAUUCUUUCCUUCCUGCUGACAAAGGAUAUCAUUAGCACAAUGAAUGAGGUGUGCCUGCCAAAGCUUUUAAACUAAUCCAAUGGUUUAGUUAUGUUAACAUCUGUUAACAUCCACUAAGAGAUUUUUUAAAACAUGCAUAUAUUUUAAAGUUCUUUAUUCUUGUCUUAAAUGAUUGUUUUACACAUGUUAAAAUUCUACAUAAAUCUAUACAAUGAAUGUUCAAUUUUCCAUGGACAAUUUAACAUAUGAACAUCUUAUUUUAAAUUUCUAUGUAAUCUUUGAUUUAUUUGAGAGGAAAGGAAAAAUGUACCAACACUAUAACCUCUUUUAAUUGAGUCUUAUCAUAGCUACAUUUUUUUUUCCUAUUUCAACUUUUAUUUUAGAAGCAUGAGGUACAUGUACAAGAUUGUUACAGAGCUAUUUUAUGUGAUGCUGAGGUGUGGGUAUGACUGAAUUGGUCACCCUGGUGUUCUACACAAUAGUACCCAAUAGGCAGUUUUCUAACCCUUGCCCCAUGGCUAUAUUUAUUUAUCAAAAUGUUAUUUACAUGAAGUUGAAACACAUUACUCAACAUCAAGAUGACUGACUGGGAGAAUGUGAUAAACCAAGAUGGCAAAAUGGAAGGUGAUCCACUCAUAUCCCCACAUCCACAAGAAGAAUUCUGCAUCCAUCUACAGUCAAAAGCCUCUCUGUGGGAGUCUCAGAAUUCAAAUAGGAGUUUGUGAAACCCUGGUGGAAUCCAAGACCCUGGGCCUGUUCUGAGAGUGCAACGAUACCCAGGUGGUUGAUCCACCCUGAAUUCAAACCUGGAAGUCUUCUCCCGGCCCUCAGGAUAGUCCUCAACAUAUGUCCCCGAUAGAUGGCCUUCUACUACACAGGCUUUCAUGUAAAUUACUCAAGUGCUUAAACAGUUCCUUAUUGAAGGAAGGUGGAAAAGUGAAGAGAUACAACAAAGCAGUAUUGUAACUUAAAUUCAGCUACAUAAGUUUGGCAAACAAAGAAAAGAGAGUAGUGACUUAAUAAUUCAGGCAAUUUAGCCCAUUGCCACACCAGAGAGCAAACACAAAAUGAGAUGUGAGUUUACUAUUUCCUCAAAUGCUUUCAAUUCUUCAUGUCUCUUAAGAGUCAAACUCCCUGAGCUAUAUGUUAUUCAAAUUCAUAAUAAAAAAUGUAACAAGGCAAAAUAUGUUUUAGAUCAAAUAAAUUAUCCUGAAAUGUGA